AACUUACUGGCUCCAGAGCUCCAAGAGGUCGCAGGUCACAGAGGAAUCCAUCGAAACAGGAAAGAGAGCUUCCUCGGUCCAGCUUCAAACACUCAAAAACCUGUUUCCUCUCUCCGCCACAAAUAAAAUCCCCAACUGGGGAUUCACUGCAGGUUCAUUGUGAAAGUGGCGGCUUUGAGACAGGGAAGCAUCCAGAGUCUUCUAUAUAUGAGAGAGUCGCUGCAAAGUUCUCACAAGCCAAGAGAAUGAGGGAGGUAUUCUUGCUGCUGAGCUUGCUGGCCUUGGGGUGCAGCAGUGCAGAAAUCGAAGCAACCAGCGCACCUGCGGUGGAGAGCGAAGCGGAGAGCAGCCACCUGGGCUUGACUUCACCUGAGACGCAGGACCUCAGAAACGUAUUGGCAACCUCCCUGCCUCCUACUUCAGAGAAGCCGGAUGCUUUGCUGAAUGCAAGCCAAGAGGAAGGUGAAAAGCAGAGUUCUCCUCUAGCCACGAAAGAGGCACAGGGAUUGCAAACUACAGCAGAGCAGAAGAUACCCUUGGCCCUUACCGUAACUCCUAGCCCAGGGAAUAACAGUGACGGCGGUUCUCCCAACGGGAAGCGAUUCAUCUUGCCUAGCAAUGCAGGGGUUCCUCCACCAUACCAUCCUUGGAAUCGCCUUCCUCCAAAAGAAGUUUCUGAGAAAAACCAAGGGACUACAGUGAGCAGGUCUUCCAGACAUUCAGAUGAUAGCAGCAAGCAGAAUGCAGAUCUCAAAAAGCCCAGCUUCGAAACCACCAGAGGAAAGAACUGGUGUGCCUACGUUCACACAAGACUCCAGCCCACCAUCGUGGUUGACAACAUAGAAACGUAUGCAUCGGGCAGAGCCAAGCCAUGCACCUGGAUUGCAGGACCCUGCGGAUCAAGCUCCCAGUCAAGGACUCGCCAAGCUUACAGGGUCAAACAUAUGAUAGUGACAUCACUGGACUGGAAGUGCUGCCCUGGAUACAGCGGAGCAACGUGCCAGCCCAAAGCCCAAGAGGAUCAAUUGCUUCUACACAGCAACCAAGCGGAGAGCAACGCAGCUGUCGGCGGGGGGACGCCAGGGAGCCCAGAGCAGCAACAGCAGGAUCCCAGCGACCCAGCAGUUGCACAAAAAAUGAAUGAGCAGAUUAGCAGCCAGGAGAUGAGACUGACUUUGCUACAGAAGAAGGUUGACAACAUUUCUGCCGUCGUGAGUGAUGUGAGCGAGACACUCUCCUCUCUGGAAGGCAAAAUCAAUGAAGAUAAGGGCAGAGACUUCCAGGCUUUUCUAAAAGAUCUCAAGUCCAAAAGCAUUGCUGAGCUAGUCAAAGAAAUUGUAAGAGAGCAGGUAAAAGCAUCCCAGAGUGAAACACAAGAGACAGUGGCCCAGAUUUUCAAGAUUACGUCUGGCCUGUCUGCAGAUCUUGAGAACAUCAAACAAACGAUCAAAAGCUUGAAUGCUUCUCACAACAAAUUGGCUAGGGAGAUAGAAAGCAGGCCUACGAGGAUAGAAAUCCUAGAUAUAAGGACCCAGAUCCUCCAUAUUGAAGAGGAUAUAAGCAUUACAUGUGAGAAGCCAAUCGAAGACCUGCAGGAACAUCAGAGGUCAAUAGAAGCAGCCUUGGAGCAUCAAAGUUCAAGGAGCAACGUAUACUAUGAAUCUCUGAACAGGACUCUGACUCAAAUGAAAGAAGUGCACGAACAGCUGUUGACAGCUGAGCGGAUCUCAGACCAGAACAUCCCAACAGCAGGGAACUCAAUAACCGAUAACCUUACAGAUUACAUGGUUGGUCUUCACGAGAAAGUGAAAACACAGAGUCUGAUGGUUCUGCAGCUCUAUGAUGACCUCAGAGUCCAAGACAGCAAGAUCAGUAACCUCACCAUAGCAUUGGAGAUCCAGAGAGAUAACUUACAUGGAGAGUGCAGCAGCAUAUUGUCCAAAUGCCGGCGGGACUUCCAAACACGACUGAAGGGCAUGGAAGAGAACAUGCACUCCUUAAAUAAAAGCAUGGAGAACCUUGUGUUUCCCUUGGAUGAUAAGAUGGACAAGAUGAACGAGCAAAUUAACGACCUCUGUUACGAUAUGGAGAUCCUCCAGCCCCUGAUUGAGCAAGGGGUUCCCUUCAGCCUUACAUCAGAAUAUGAGCAACAGAUUGCAACAGAAGCUAUAAGCAGAAAGCUGGAAAAUUUAACCAGUGUUGUGGCAGGACUAAGUUCUACCACUGAAGAACUCGUCAAAAGCAAGAAGGAGCUUAAAGAUGAGGCUCAGGCUUACAAUGAAAUCUCUGAGAGGCGUAUUAAUGAAUGUUUCAUUUUAAUGGAGGAUGGCUUAAACAAAACCAUGAUGGUUAUCAACAGUGCCAUUGAUACUAUCCAGGAUAACUAUGUGCUCAAAGAAACAUUGAGUACCAUGAAGAAUGAAACGAAGGCCUGCUGUAGUAGCGCUGAGAAGAUGGAAAGCAUAUUGACAUUAAUACCUCGGUUUCAAGAGAUGAAUGAAUCCCUUCAGGUGCUAGUCAAUGAGAACAGGAAAGGUGUCUUUACUUCAAACGCCAUCCAUUCUUCUUCAUCAUCAUCUGGUGAUCUCAGCAUAGUUCGCCAUAAUCUAAAUGCAACAUUAAACCUGCAAGAGCAUCAUCAUGACAUUGGCCACCUGGAUGGAAAGGGGUCAGGCUCCACUCAGGAACAUGAAGAUUAUGAAGGUCGCCUGGCGGCAGUGGAAGCAAAAAUAACCAAGUUUUUAGCAAACAACUGCGUCACAGUAAGAAACAUCAAAGCUGCUUCCACGGAAAAGGAUAAAGUGAUCUCUCUUCAGGUUCAGGCCUUGAGUUCCAGGAUCAGGGCGCUAGAAGCCAAAUCCAUACGCUUCUCUGUGACCAUCCCUGUGUUAAACAAGACUGCCUAUGAAGCACGGAGCUUGUGUGAGGUUGUCUCCGGAAGCCUGAAAGGAAUGAAUGCCAGCAUCCCCAGGUUAGUGAAAGCCGCUCAUCCAGACAACUUGCUAUUUCAGAAAGGCUUGCAAGAGCUCACAGAAUCCAUGCUGGAGGUCAAAGCAGGAACAAUCCUAUCCAAUCUAACCUGGUAUGUAGACAAGUCCCUAGAUGAGGCAGUGGACACUAUUACCAAACGUCUGAAGGCAACUCCUCCUGUUUCUAAAAAGCCACUGCCAGUGAAAAAGAUCCCAGUGAGCACGACCGCAAACCAGGCUGGACGAAUGCAGAGAAACACAGACACUGCUUCAGAAGCAGGUGAUUAUCUGAGCUGCAGCAGCUCCCCGUGCCAAAAUGGGGGGACCUGUGUCAAUGAGAGGAAGAGCUUUGUCUGCGCUUGCCGCUAUCCUUUCGGAGGAGCCAACUGCAGCACGAAGAUGGUGGCAGAAAACGCUCCUACAAAUAUAGAUUUUACAAAAGGAUCUUACAGAUAUGCACCAAUGGUGGCCUUUUUUGCUUCGCACACCUACGGAAUGAAUACUCCUGGCCCUAUUCGAUAUAACAAUCUGGAUGUCAACUAUGGGUCUUCCUAUGUCCCAGCAAAUGGACGGUUCCGUGUGCCAUACCUUGGCAUUUAUGUCUUCGAAUACACCAUUGAAUCAAACAGCCCGCUCCUCUCAGGCUACCUAGUGGUCGACGGAAUAGACAAGCUGGGCUUUCGGUCUGAAAACACGAAGGAGAACAAAUACCUGGAGAGAGUGGUUACUGGAGAUGCCUUACUGGAACUGAACUACGGGCAAGAAGUCUGGCUCAGGCUGGCAACAGGCUCGAUCCCAGCCAAAUACCCACCUGUCACUACAUUUACUGGCUACAUAUUGUACCGCACAUAAAUUCCAUUCUAUAGGAAAGCGGUCACCCACAAUGGAAACUCUUCUCCUUUGCUUCUAAUAAAAAUAACUCUUGUUUGAGGCUGCCAUCUUUUAUUUUAACAACUGCAUGAUAGGCAGAAACGAGGCAUGAAACCUCUUUCCCAAAUCAGCAUCUUCGUGCUGUAGGAAGCAACAUUCUGCCUGCCACACAGAUGUUAAAAGCAGGGGAGGCCUUGUGGAAAAUAGGUGGUGAGGCCCAUCUCAUUAGAUAGCUACCUGAAUGUCAAAUUUUGAAAACGGCCGGCCAGCUGUCCCAUUGCACCUUUGGUUGGCAAAGUGGAGGUAUUUGUAAAUAGGUCUCCCAUAGUUCUAGGCACCCCAUCAGCUGAAUGUCUUCAGUAUGUCCAUUAUUUUUAUUCAGCUAUUUUGCACCAGUAUAAAAGAAAUGUACAAGAAGUUA